AUGGCAUCUGGCCAAGAGAAGGAUAUGGCAAGGGAGGAAGGGCCCACUACACCUAAUAAGGUGGUGAACAAUGCUGCCGAGAUUGACCUCAAUCAAGAUGAGGCAAUGGCUGACCUUGAGUUGGAUGAUAUUGAGGACCUGGACCUGGACCUUGGAGAUGAGCAUAACCAUGGUGAAGCUGAGAACCAUGAUGAAGCUGAGAACCAUGGUGAAGCUGAUAAUCAUGGUGAAGCUGACAACCAUGGGGAAGAGGAUAACACCGGUGAAAAGGAGAACACAGGUGAUGAAAAUGACUUCACUGAAGGCAUGAGUUAUCCUAUCUCCGAGGAGAUUGUCCAACUCCAGGCUAAAGUGGCAACUCAAAAUAUCACCAUCCUGCAGCAGCAGACGUCCAUUGAUGGACUCAAGAAGCAUACUCAGGACCUUGAGGCUGAUCUGCGCAUUGCAAUGAAGGAGGUUACUGAGAGGGAGGGCAUUUACCAGCCUCCUCCUGGGCGUAGGCCCGCUCCUGCUGCUCAGCCGGCACCCGCUCCGCCCGCACCUUCGCCUGCAGGCGCUGCGACGGCUAUGCACCAGCCACCUCCAACCGAGACCUCGCCCUUUGGGUCUCUCUCGGCGCCUCUGCCUGAGUUUAACCAUAGCAAGACGGAGGUGCAGCCUUGGCUUGACCUUGUGAAUGACACCAUGAUCCUUGCGAAUGUGCGUCCUGAGGCUCGCGUUACUGCAGCCACUCGUGCAUUGGACGAGGUGGCCCGCAGGGCAGUGUAUGACACUAAGAAGCAGGCGCAAGGACCGUUUGAAUGGCCGGAGUUCUGCACCGCGCUGAGAGAGGCAUUCAUGGUCAAGAAGUCCGACCUGGAACUGCGCGGACGCCUUGAAAGUAUCAAGUGUCAUGACCGUUCGGUGCAGGAAUAUGCGGUCGAGUUUGAGGCCGCAGCACGCUCGCUCCAGAAGCCCUUGUGUGAGGAGGAGAUGAUGCACGUUUUCAUGAAAGGCCUCCCUGUCAAGCUGCAGGAGGCACACAUGACCGGCGGCAUGACCAAUUGGACGACUUACAAGGAGAUGAAGGAGCAGGUGAUCAAGACUGACACCAUCAUUCGCACGUACAUCCAUGGUCCGGCAAAGCCAGACCAGCAGCCCCGUGCUGAGGGCUCUGGUGGUCGUGAAAACCGACCCCAGAAUGCCAACGGCGGAGGCGGUUGGAACAAGCGACCCUUCCAGCAGCGUGAUCACCAGCCUGGACCACAGCCCAAGAGGGCUAACGGGGGGGGAGGUCAUGGCCCUAACAAGCCCGACUUCUCCAAGAUGGGGUGUAACGGCUGUGGAAGAAUGGGACACAUCCAAAAGCACUGCCGUGACAAGAACGCUAUCAAGUAUUAUGGGAAGCCUAAACCAGGCGGCGCUGGACCUUAUGGAAAGAAGGAUUUUCAGAAGCCCAACUAG